GUUUUUCUCUCUUCUUUUCUUUUUCUGUUUUUAUAGAUAUAUAUAUGUGGUUGCUCGUAUUGAUUUGUAUAACAAUAUUCUAUUUGAACAGACAAAGAAUCACCCUCUUUAUUCUAUCUUGUAUAAAUCAACGAUUUGGAUUGGUCAUUCAACAGUUUAGCAUUCAAUACAAAGCUGGAUUGACUGUCCAUCUAAGCGGUGUUCAGCUAAACAGAGCAUCAACAUCCAAUAGAGACUUGAAUUUAAGUCGUAUAGGGUGGCUAUUAGCAGUCCUGUUUCAGUAUGUUGCUAUCUCUAUUGACCACAUUCACAUGGUAACGAGUGAUUAUUCUAUUCAACUAGAUGCUAUUCAUGUACAUACAGUCACUGUCAACUUGAUGGGCGAUAGACAAUGGCAAAUACAAAUCAAAAUGGGCUCUAUUCAAUACAGUAUCAAUAACCAUACAGUGUUGACAACAUCUACACCAAGUCGUGUCCUAUUAUCUGGCGAUAAAAUGGCAUUGGAUAUUCAAUUAGGCCUAUGCUAUGUCUCUCUUCAUGCUUUACUUCAAAGACAGACAUCAAACACCCAUGCGUCUGUAUGGAAAGCAGUGCGCCUAUCCGUACAAACAAUGUGUUUCAGGUACGACCUUAUUCAAACAGCGACAUUAUCGCUUCAAGCGCAGGAAACACAAGCAUCUUGGGCUCAGGGUAAACUAGACAUCACUACAAAAGCAAUAAAAUGCAACCUACAAGACCAUUUCUUUAUGUCAAUGAACAGCAUGCAGUACUCACAACACACAUGGAUGUCACCCCAUACCGACUUGUUGAGUGUCACCUGGAUGCUACAUACACCCAUUGUCAGCUUACCUUGUCAUCAGCCUGCUUUUUUAGAUGUGCUCAAGAGCCUACCCAAGUCUUCCAGUGCCUCAAAAAAACAAAGAAAGUUACCCAACAUGGCUGUAGCGCUUGUUGCUUAUGCGCCUCAAUUAUCUUUGCAUCACAUAGACAAAACGGAUACCAUUGCUUUUGUAUCCACCGAGGCAUGGAUCAUGCGAUUCUCUGGAGAAUAUGGCUAUGAUACACACGAAACUUCGUUACUGGAUACACUUUUCGCUCAGGAAGAAUACAAGUGGUUAAACCAUACGCCUAUAAAAAGGCAUACAGAAACAACCAUGGCACAAAAGGCAUGGACUCAUGCCCUACAACAUCAAACGUUACAUAAGAUACAGUCAACCUAUCAUGUAUCAGCUAAGAUGAUCGUCCAAGGUCUUCAUGUAGGGGAUGAACAAAAAGCGACACAACAUACGUUUAUAGGUGGCAAAGCAUUGACGUUGAUGAUCAAGACACAGUUGCCAGUAGAGAAUACGAUUGUUGAUUGUCAACCUAAAUCUACUGUACAAGUGGAACUCAACAUAGAAAAACCUAAUAUAUGUGUAUGGAACACAUAUCAAGACACAACCCUAUCAUCUAGUGUUGUAUGGCUGCAGAUGGUACCUCAAGCCAUUCGUUAUUACACAGACAUAUUUAGAUCAUCUCAACAAACACGUCUUUCAUGGCUGGAUCAUGCAGUGUUUACUUUGGAUAUUACUCAAGGAACCAUGACAAUGUGGUGUACAGACAAGGGUGAAUCAACACCUGUUCCUUCUGGAUACAUUAAUAAUACACCCAAGAAGUCGAUGGAUGUAUCCGUUGUACUCUUUUUAAAGAAAUUCACUUGUGUUCAUCAGCGUACAAAAACCCGCCUUUAUUUAGAACAAGCUUCUUUACAAGCUGGUGGCGAUACAGACAAGCUUAAGCUUAUUUCAUGGAUGCCUAAAUUAGAUUUGACAAUGCAUUGUCUAGAAAAGACGGUCAAACUGGAUUUACAAGUGGAGAAAUAUGGCCUAUGUUAUUCAGUAGGGCAUCAUUAUGUAUUUUUAUUGUUGGUCAAGACAGUUCAGAACCUACAACAACAGCAACAAAAGAAAAGGCUCUUUUUACUAGAUGCUUCAGUUCAAAUCAACAGAGGCGAUAUAGAGAUUCAAUUAGCACAAGACACAAGGCUGUAUCUUAGAAUGGAUCGCAUGGGCAUUCAAAAGAAAGAUGCAUGGAGUAUUCAGAUUGGCAACACCAUGGUACUUGGUACAUCACCCACGCUUGACAACACUUGGGAACAAUUGGUUGAAAUAGACAGACUUGCGUUAACCAUGCCUCAAGGUAUCAUGGAUCUAAAAGCCAAGAAGAUCAUGAUCACCAUACCUUACCAGUAUGUAUUGGCAACAGUCAUUCAUCAUGCCAUUGGAGUAGUGAAGGCAGUCAAGGACUUGCAUACUCGUCUUUUAAGUCAGAAGGGAUAUACGUUUACUUAUUUUGGACCUUCUGUUAAAAACGAGCCUGUCUUGAUAUCCACUGUCAAGAUCAGAACCAGACUGUUUUCUAUUCAAUUUGAUGAUGAUCCUUUUGAAGUCAAGUUGCGCAAGAUAUUCAAAACAGGCCUCAUGGAGCAACAAAGAAGAUUAGCAUAUCAAGAAACAUUUGAUCAAAAAAGCUUACAACCAUCUGCUGAACAUAUCCAAGAAGCUCAACAAAGCUUGCUGCAAUUCUUUUCUCGAAAUUGGCGUAAACACAUUGACCAAACACAUCAAGAAGAAUCUGAUUUUUAUCAUGCGUAUUAUUGUGCUGAGAACUAUCGCAAACCUACCACAUCAACUGAGAUGGAUCAUGCCUUGGAUGGCCGAUACGCUUUGUUUGAUCCCCAUCAGCACGUUGAGCGAUUUGUGAUUACAAUUGCACCUCGACCAUGUUACGCACCCUUGGCUAAUUUCUCUGCUCAAUAUGUGCGUGUUCAAUUUCAGCCUGCUGAUUUUCCUUUAGAGCAAACAAGAGCUUUCAUUCAUCAAUCAGGCAGUGGUGUGCCUCUUGACUUUGAUUUUUCCAUCUUGAUUCCAUUUCAUUUAUCUAUCAGGGCAGGCAAGACAUGGAUCAAGAUACGGGACUAUCCACUUCCUUUACUCUACAUACCUUCAAAACCAGGAGAGAAACAAUCUUGGAUGCUGGAAGGCAACCUUGUCUUUGCCGACGAACUCGGUAAUUUGCAAGGAAGUCGUCUGAUAUCAGUGCCUGUGUGGGACAAUUAUAUCCUUUUGGCUGUUCGAACAACCACACCACUUAAGUUCUAUUCUGUCAUUGACUAUCGUAUCUUGACGCCACAUCUCUCCAUGAUCUGUUGGUCUGUCUCUUCAAGUCCUGCCAUACAAGAUAUACUACGGGUACUUGAUUCCAUCACGCCCAACCAAAUCGAUCCAUCUUUACCACUUCGGUUUUGGGAUAAAGUUAGGUUUAUGAUCCAUACCCAAGUCAAGUUUGAGUUCAUGGGCGACUUGGGUAUGAUUGUUAAGGGCACGCGGGACCCUUAUGAUCUGCAAAGGCGAGGUGCUGGGAUGGCCAAGAUUUGGAGUGACCGCGUUGUUUGGUACUUGGGGUAUCAAAACCAUCAGCAAGAAUUCAUGCAGAUCAAGAGUAUGCAGUAUAUAUUGGCGGUACCUGAUCUCAUGCGGGGCGGUUAUGUGCCUGUAUUUCCUGAUGCUUUGCCUACCAAAGGAACUACAGAAACAGAACACAAGUUCUUAAAGGUCAUUCUCAAACUCUCAAAUGGGUUUCGAAUGGGUAUUGGACUACAGUAUGAACGGUUAUCGUGUGGAACAGGUCAAUUGUUAUGCUAUUCAUGUCAGGACCCAGCACGACAUGUACUUGAUCGGUGUCGAACUCAAGUGUUUAUGCCCCAUUACAAGGUUCUUUAUAGAUCUCCUGCAUAUGUAAAGCACCACUAUCACCAGGCGGAUUAUGAUUCGUUUCGAGGAUUUCGGUCUGAUUUUGCACAUUUGUCGUUUAGUAUAGUGAAACUAGACUCUCAAGAACUAGAACAAGAUAUCGAUCAAGACACGUUUCAUCACAACACAUUGCAUCUAAGCCCUUGUUUGAUGCAGCAUUUUACUUGUUGGUAUAGUCUAUUUGGUAGUCCUGUAUCUAUUCCUAUACGUCAAGGCAAACUCUUUAGUUUUGGUGAACGCAAGUCGAAAUCGUUUGGGGAGAUUUUAGACACCAUUAAAUUCAAAAUGGUGAUUGAUCCAUUAGCUGUUGGCUUUUUUUGUACAGGCCACGACACUUAUUUGGGCGUAAAACCGAAUAGCAAAACAGCAGGCCUGAAAGCAAGUAUCCGUACAUUUAGUGCAGAUUUACAUCAACGCAAAGAAAAAGUAGUGCAAGAUCAGAAAGUCAAGACAGCGAACAAUUUUCAUGAGAUCCAAGUCAAAAUUACUGAUAUUGAUUUACGUGCCAUUAUGGCUAGACCUAUUCGAGAGGAUCGUAACAAACCAGGUGUAGGGAGCUGCAAUACCACCAUGUCAUGGGAGGGUGAGUUUCCAUGGACAGAUCGAGCAGAUUAUGUUAUUUUGGAUGCUGUAUUGCCAGAGAGUCAACAACACAAAAUCGAUAUCUAUCCUUUUGUGUUCUCACCCUUGUUUUAUUUUGUUCGACAAGAAGAAGAUGAACAUGGUGUUAAAAACAGAUAUUAUUUAAGACAAACGCAUGAUUGUAUCAUGGGCAAGCGUAUAGAAUCACAUCAAUUUCAAAAAGAACACUUGUAUCGACGUGCUCAUGAACUGGAUAAAGUGAUUGAAACAUUGGAUCAACAGCUGGAUAUCAUAUUGCGCGCAUUAGAAGUAUAUAAGAAUGAAGCCAAUUUGAUUAAAGAAUACCAUGCCUUGACAAAGAAGAUGGAAUAUUUGCGUAUCAAGCGAUACACACUUCAUAAUUACAUUGGCCAACUUAUUCUCGAAACAGAACUCAACAUGAAUGAUCAAAAAGAUUCCAAUUCAACCUUUAGUGGCUAUCGAAAUGAACAACUUUCCCGGUGGGAAGUAUUGAUGGGCCCUUUUAAGGAUCGAUUUUUUGUGCAUAAUCCACAAUUCAUAUGGAAUAAUCCUGUUCGAGAUACACUCUAUUACUGGCAGGAUGUCAAGAACAAUUGGUCUAUUCUUGAUUACAAUCUGUCUUCUCGAUGUCUCCAAUUUCUUCAGGGUUUGGUCAAGACAGUAGAAGAACAAUGGAGACCAGAUGCUCCUGUUUUGGAACAACCCAGUUUAAACGAAACAAUACGUCAAGAUACAGCGGAUAGUUUGAUUGACAAAUUAAUGUCAGAGCUUCCUCAACGAUUUGUUGCCUUUAAUGAAGCUGAAGAAGACAAGAAGAACGAACAUGAAAAGAUUCACGAAGGUAUUUACGUCCUGGAGGAUAGUACAGACAACAUGGACGAUCCAGACUAUCAGUACAAGAACAUUCCAGAAUCUUAUGAAAUGAAGAGCAAGUAUUUGAUCGAUAUGAUCAAUCCCCAAGUGAACUUUCAAAGCGAAAAGGGACUUGAUCAUGUCUUGUUGUUUACCAACGAACGUGUGCAUGUCAAAUCAUUCAAUAUUUUGGACAAUGGUAGUACAGCAGAUAAAGAUGCUCGCUUGGUCAAGGAUCGCAUUAUUGUCAACCUUGAUCAUGCUCAAUUACUAGUAGCCAGUCCAAUAAAAGACCUGCCUGCUUACGAAGACUUGAUACAGAAUGGCUAUGGUCAAUCUCAAGGCCAUCAUUGGGCAGCAUGGACGCAACCUGAGCAACUCUGGUACUACCGUGAUAUGAGACACUUUGAGAAUUUUGAACGUAUAGCCAACCAAUUGUCAGGCACCAUUCAACUGGACAGAUACAAUCAUUUACGAAUCAAGAGCAACAAAGGCAACAUAUCGCGCAAAAAUCCCUUUGAAGACCAAACGAACACCAUGCAACUUCACUUUCCUCAAUUCGAGUUAUCGUUAGAUUCUUUACAAGCCCAUGUGCUGUACUAUACGGUUACCAACUUGAUGCUUGGGAAGGAUCGUCUUUCUCGUCGAAAAAAAGAAAGACUAGAUCGAUUUAAAGAUGUCAUGUUGGCUGCUGAACGGAGUGAUUUAGCAGAGACUGUAAAACAAGUAGCCGUGCUUCAACAUCGUGCUCGCUUUCUGUAUAAGAUGCACCAUUGUUUUAUUGACCAACUUGCUCAUUUAGACACCAUGGGCAUGCGUGAAUUCAACAAGAACAAGAAACUAUUAAGUGAAAAACUACAAGAUUUGUGCCUCGUCGUUGAAGCCAUUCGCUCCAUUCAGACGUUUCGCCGAGAUAUUCAUUUAGAAGAAACAGCUCAUGCCAUGCGAUUUAUAUUUACUUCGAAUAACAUUGUUUGGAAAGCAUUGAUGAACGACGAUCCAAAGAGCUCACUCUGUCAAUGGACCUUCACACAUACUAAAUUCGUCUUUCUCUCCAAAGUAAACGGAUCGACCAAGAACACCAUUGAUAUUGAUCGCAUUCAUCUAAAAGACACAACAGCAUCACCUGUAUUUACAGAUGUGUUGAGUGCCCAUGAAGAUGAUUCACAACCCAUUGACUAUUCUCGGCACAAAAUGCUCAGUGGUAUUCUGGACUCAUUGCCACCUGUAGGAGGUAUUCCCAUUAUUCAGCAUUUGGAGAUCAAUGUAUUGCCGCUUCAUCUUCAGAUCCAUACAGCGUUUGGAUCAGCCAUGAAAGACUAUUUUUUUCCAAGAGUCAAUCGUGCAGAGACAACUAAAGAGAUAGACUAUGUAUCUUCAUCCUCAGAAGAAGAAGAAGAAGAAGAAGAAGAAGAAGUAGAUAGACUAUCGAUCACUAAAUCCUCCCGGUCAAUUAACAAGACAACCAUUAACAAAAGAGAAGGCAGCUUCACUAGCUUUGAUUCGUUUACAAGAAGAUUAAAAGAAACAGUGAUAGGCAAGCAAAAAAUCAAACAAGAUGAAUUGACCAUCAUGAAGUUACGUUCUUCUACCAAUCGAACGUUUAUCUAUGUGCGUAUACCAGCCACCAAACAUUGCAUCACGCUUCAAGGUCCCAGUCAAAGUACCUUUUAUAAUUUACGCCAUUUUGAAUUCAAACAACCCAAGCUUGAAUAUAGAAACAAGACAUGGUCUCUGGCUGAAAUGAUGGAGGAAAUACAGAAACAAUUUGUCCGUGCUAUUUUGAGACACAGUGGUGCAUUGAUCAAGAAAAAGCUUUUGACAGGUCAUAAGAAACAAAAUCUUGUUUCUCCUGUCUUAUCCGAGAACGAACAGGUGAAUAUGCCUGCCAUUGCUUUCAUGCAUGACUCCUUUGCCUCUAGUGACAAUGAAAGUGUCCGUCAGCCUAGUUCAAAAACAUCUUAUCCUACGACGGAAGGUGAAGAGGAUGAGAUAAAAUCCAUGUAUUCCAUUGAUCCUGAAGAAGAUAAUGUAGGAUCUCAAUGGAUAGAAAAAGACUUGAUAAACACAGACAAUGGUUUACUUGAGACUUAUACGAAGCAACACAAAAAGCGCCAAAUUAAUGAUAACCAAGAAAAGACCAAAGCAUUGUUUGGAGAUCAUUAUCGGAGUACCAACGCGUCUUGCAAGUAAACCUUUUUUUUUACGCGUUUAGAUACGCGCUGAAUUCCCUCCUCUUUCCUUUUCC